UCAGCGCAUCUCUCCGCUCAGAUUCCUGCUGCGCAAAAGCACUGCGCAUUUCCCAAACCAGCCUGUUAGAGAAACCAGCUUCACCUGUAACCAGCCUAUCACCCAGGAGGGGGAAAAUCCUAUUCCGCUUGUUGCUGCAGGAGCAACAUUAAGAAGAAAGUGAACUUUGGAAGAGAUUUUUUUUGGGGGGUCAGGAUGCGGGACUCUGUGCUGCUGCUGCUGCUGGUGGUGUUCGGGCUGCUUCAGGAGGCGCGCGCGCAGAAACUCUCCGCGCUCACGUUCCUCCGAGUUGACCAGGAUAAGGAGUGUAACAUGGAUUGCUCCAGCGCUCAACGCAAGCCCCUGUGUGCAUCUGACGGACGAACCUUCGCCUCACGUUGUGAGUUCCAGCGCGCCAAGUGCCGUGACCCCCAGCUGGAAGUCAUGCGAGGCUCGUGCAAAGAUACAUCGAGGUGUGCGGCUGAGAAGAAGUACACGGAGCAGCAGGCCAAGAAACUUUUCCCACAGGUGUUCGUUCCCGUGUGUAACCCAGACGGCACUUACAGCGAGGUCCAAUGCCACAGCUUCACUGGCUACUGCUGGUGUGUAACGCCCAAUGGCAGGCCCAUCAGUGGCACAGCGGUAGCCAAUAAGAAGCCUCGGUGCCAGGGCUCCAAGCAUGAGAAGGUCACUCCUCGAGAGCCAGGAAAAGCAGUUUCCUUGCAAAUCUUUUCCAUUCUAAACGCAGAUGAGUCUGUCGUCCUCGUCGAGGAGACACAGCCGCCAGCCGACGAGGAAGACAUGAUCUCACAGUAUCCGACUCUCUGGACUGAGCAGGUGCGCAGCAGACAGAACAGGACGAGGACACAAACCUCUUCUUGUGAUCAAGAGCAGCUGACGGCGCAAGAGGAGGCGAGGCAACAUAAGAACGAGGCAGUUUUCAUCCCCGACUGUGCCCAAGGUGGUCUCUAUAAGCCAGUCCAGUGUCACCCUUCGACCGGCUACUGCUGGUGCGUUUUAAUAGACACAGGACGGCCCAUACCUGGCACCUCUACCAGAUACGAGCAGCCAAAAUGUGACGGCAACGCGAGGGCACAUCCCAACAAACCGAAAGAUCUUUACAGGAGCAGACAUCUUCAGGGCUGCCCCGGUAGCAAGAAAACCGAAUUUCUGACGAGCGUUUUGGACGCGCUGUCUACGGACAUGGUGCACGCAGUUACUGAUCCAGCUGCUGCCGGAAGAAUGCCGGAACCAGACCCUAACCACACUCUGGAAGAGCGGGUUGUGCACUGGUACUUCAGUCAGCUGGACAAGAACUUGAGCGGUGACAUCGGCAAAAAGGAGAUCAAGCCUUUCAGACGCUUGCUGCGUAAGAAAUCCAAACCAAAGAAGUGCGUGAAGAAGUUUGUGGAGUACUGCGACAUCAGUAACGACAAGGCCCUCUCACUACAGGAGCUGAUAGGCUGCCUUGGGGUCACGAAGGAAGAAGGGGCCAAAACAAGCGAAGGCACAACCUCCAGUAAACUAAACACGGUGAAAAAGCAAGGCUGAGAUUUCUGCCCCUUUUCCCGCUGCAAUCCUGCCCCCAACAAACGGCGAUGGACCCCCAUAGUAUUUGCACUUUGUACUUUAAAAAAAAAAAGAAAAAAAGAUGUAAAUUCACUUUGUAGAAAGAAGGUAUUUAAACAGACUGCUGAACAUGUGAAUGAUGUUAGUUAGCUUUUUUUAUAUAUAUAUAUAUAUAUAUAUAUAUUAAUGUCCUUACAAAAAAAAUGUUAAUACUUUAACACAUACAAUGUAUGUGUCCUUUGUGAGUCUGCAUUUCUGAGUUUGUAUGAAUUGUAUUACAUGUUGCUUUUUUUUUUUCUUACUCAUGUCCUGUUGAUGUGUUUCUUGUUGAAAUGUUUCUUGUUUUGUAUAUGACACCAGAUUUACACAUAGCUGGUGAAAGAAAAUAAUACGUUAGACACUGCGGUUGCGUACUGGCGUUUUUUUUUUUGUUUGUUUGUUUGUUUUUGGUUUUUUAACCUAUGUAUCAAGCCUAAGACAGGCUUUGUCCUGAUUAGAAAUAAAGAUCUUAUAUACUUUUUAUGUUUUAUAUCGAUACACUGUAUAUAUCGAGUUGUCUGUGAAAUGUUUUGUUUUUUUGCUCGUAAUAAAGACUCUCUCCUAACUAAACCAACCAACAGUGUGUUAUCAUGAUAAUACCCAUAUAAAGACACUUGACACAUCAUUUUCAGGUCACUGCUUGGAAGACCAGGUCAAGGAUCGAAGGUCAGGUGUCUCCAAGGGACAUGUAGAGACCUGCGGUUUGUUUGAGAAUAUACUCAUUGUUAUAGCUGUAAACUUAAUCGCUCAACCUGGUAAUGCAUUAGAGAUGUCUUGAUGAUUCAUAUCAACCAUUACCGAGUGCUUUAAGAGUUUGUCUGUGUUACUGCUUCUUGAGAGCGGAUAUGUUUCCAACUUAAAAGGUAAAAUGAAAACUAAUUCCUGUUAGUAGAUCCUUUAUUUAACGGAGGUCAGACAUUAAAAGGACGGGCAACUGAUACCUUGUGGCUAAAAGUCGUUCAAUAUGGUGCCAUGUGAUACAGAAACUCAGUUAUAUAUAUAGCGUUUGGUGAAAUUUCUGACUAGAGCACCACUAGCACUUCAAUCUUAA